AUGACCACCGCCUCGCUCCCACCUCCUCGCCCUCCUCCUCCACCGCCAGUUAGGCAGCCCGCCCUCCCGCUCGCCGCCGCCGCCGCCGCCGCUGCCGCUACCUCUGCCGCGCCGCCGGUGGUCGCGGGCUCGAGAGACGGGUCCGUCUGUGGCGCGGCGAACCGAGAGGGGAGAGCGACCCGAAGCUGCAGGACGUCGGCGACGGUGCGACCCCCCGGCGACAGCGCGCUGACGUUGGCACGCGGCCACCUGGCAGACGCCGCGGCGAGCGAGGACCUUCCUGCAGGCGACCGAGAGGGCGAGAGGCAGCGCGGCCAUGAAGUCGGUGGUGGCGACGGCGGCGGCGGCGGCGCUGCUGCUGUGCGCGGCGGCGGGGCUUGCUGACGC